AGGAGACGAAAACAAACCCGGAGAAGAACCAGAACAGUCCAGAACAUCCCGAGUUGUCUGAUUUCCCACCGUCUGUGAAGGCGCCGCAGCGACCAUGAGCCACGUCGACGUGAAGAACCUGAAGCUGUCCAAGUUUGAGGAGGAACAUUACGACGAGUACGACUGUUACAACCUGACGGACAAGUACGCAGAGGGUUCGGCCCGCAAAGGCAGAACCAAGAAGGAGGCCAGCGAGAACACGAACCGACAGAACCCCGCAGGACAUGAGAGGAAAAUCGUGGAAAAGCUGCAGAACAGCGAGAAAAAGGCCAAGGAGUGAAGCCUGAGGGCUGCUCGGAUGGCUUUUCCCGGUAACUGACCACGGCCUCCUUGGCGACGGAUCGAGACGUGCGGAUGGCAGGGGCCUGCUGGGCUCCGUUUGGAGCAGGGCUUAAACCUCGGCAUGGCGGGGACCCUGUGGAGCCAGGCCUCAUGACGCUGCAGGUGUCUGCAAAGUGCUCACCUUUCUGCUGGCGAGCACCAGAGUCCUGACUAACCCGGACCACGGCGGUGCAGAUGACGCGUGUCAGCUUGGAGAUGCUUUUUAAUGCUUCUUUUUUUAUAUAUAAGGCCAAUUUUUACCAUUAAAGGAUUUUAAACACA